AUGAAAGUGGAUGAGACCAGUAGCAACAAUAACCGCUCAUCAGCCAUGAAGGAAUCAACAACAAGAGAUGAUGAAGAUGAUGAACAACGAUUGAUUGGCAUUCGUAACUCAAUGAAUAAUUUGAAAACAACAGAAGUUCGGAUUUGUCCAUUUUGUUUGCAACAAAUUUCUGUCCCGAUGAUGACUCACACCGAGAAAUUACAGGAUGAUGAUCAUCUCCAAGAUGAAUUAUCGGAACAUGUUUCAAUUUGUUUAAAUUUAUGGAUCAUUGAAAGAAGAAAAUUAUUUGAUGAAAAGACAAAUAUGGAAAAUAUUCAUUCCAACGAAAUUGUUGCAGAAAGCACAAACAAAAGAAAGUUGGAAUGUUGUUGGUCGAAUGAAGAAGAAAGAAAAUCAGUCAUGAAUCAUCAUGAAACUGCCACAAAAAAGAAGAAACAAUCUUCAAAUUUCAUGAUUGAGAAUGAGAAAAUUCCCAUGGUUGACGCCGAACACAACAACGAAAAAUCUAUUACUAGAUUGGACCAUGUACUUGGUGAUGACAUGUUGUUUCAAAUUCUGACAUUUCUUGAUCAGAGUUUCCUCGUUCACACUUGUAUGAGAGUUUCCAAAUAUUGGUAUGAACGAGUACUUUUCAUUCCCAUGACUUUGUCAUUGUAUGACCAUCACAGUACGACUCUUUCAACAUUGAAAAUGAUUACAUCCCAUCCAAAUACAUUCAAUUUCACUGAACUCUCUAUUUGCAACAAAGAUACUGAAAAAGCAAGGGAAAUCAUCCAGUUAAUUACAAGAAGUAACAAAUUUAACAACAUCAAGUCGUUAACUCUGGAAGAUUUUGGUCUUGAGAAACAAGAUAUUUCUGAACUUGCUUCAGGAUGUUUCAAAUCAUUGACAACAUUAUAUUUACACGAUGAAUCCAAAACACUUGAUUCAGAUUGUGGUGAUAUGAUUGUAAAUUGUGUUCACAUGAAAGAAUUGCGUGAAUUGAGCUUGUCUACGAAUCAUGGAGAUGAUAUCAUUCAAUCACUUUGUAACAGUGAAUACAUCAAAAAUCUCACUUAUUUGGAUUUAUGUGAUUGUAAUGUGAGCAAGAAAGGAGUUACAAUACUCGCUAAAUGUGCAUCAAUGAGCACUUUAACCAAUUUAAACUUGGGCAAUAAUGGAAUUGGUGAAGAAGGUGUGAGUGCAAUUGCAAACAGCUCCAUUUUGAGAAAUCUUGGUAUUCUAACUCUCAACGAAUGUCAUAUUAGGACCAAUGAAGUUCGAUCACUUGCUAAAAGUCCGUAUUUAAAAAAUAUUACAACAUUAGACCUUGACCAAAAUGCUAUUACUAACGAUGGAGUAUUCGAUUUGUGUGAAAGCGAUCUUUUGAGAAAUGUCACAAAUUUAAAUCUUUCACUGAAUGGUAUUGGAGUUAAUGGCAUCUCGUUUAUGACUUCCAAGAUGUCAAACAUCAAUAAUCUGACCAUAUUGCAACUUGAUAACAAUUCCAUCACAUCAGUUGGAGCAAAACUGAUUGCUGAAAGCAACUUAAUGCAACAUUUGAAGGAAUUAUCUUUAAUCAAUUGUGAGAUUGGUGAUGAGGGAAUGAUUGCCAUUUGUCAAAGCAAUUUUAUGAAAAACUUGACAACACUUUUUGUUGAUAAUAACAACAUUUCAGAGAGAGGCAUAUCAUCUCUAAUAUCAAGCCCUUUCUGUUGUACAUUGCAAGAACUCUCAUUGGAAUAUAACAAAAUUAGAUGUAAAGGAGCACGUUUAUUAUCAACAGCAUCAUUUCCCAAUCUGAUAACUCUUCAGAUAUCAAGUUGCAAAAUUGGGAAUGAUGGACUUUGUUUUAUUGCAAAUAAUUCAUCAUUUUCCCAACUCACCGAUUUGGAUGUUGGUUUCAAUAAGAUUUCCUCAGAGGGAAUUCAAGCCAUGUGCAACAGUCCACAUUUGAAAAAUUUAACCGUUUUGUCAUUACCUUUUAAUACUCUUUGCGAUGAUGAUGUCAUGUUAAUUGGCAGAACUUUUCGAAAUUUGGAGCAUUUGAGCACAAGUGGAUUGUCAACCGAGAAAUUGGAAGCAAUGUUAUCAAAACUCCUACCGAAAUGUGAGCUUAUCAAUUUCGACAUUUAA